AUGGAAAGGGCUAGGCAAUCCACAUAUACACUUCAACAAUCCGUAUUUGUCACUGAUUUGUGGACUGAACAUACACCAUGGCCUUUCAACCAACUUCCCAGAAGCUAUAGUUUCUUGGUGAAACAUGGACCCUUGUGGAAGAUGACUUACUAUGGUACCGCACCACGAGUAAUUCACCAGCCACAUUUUGCUGCAACAGCAACAUUCAUAGCGAGAGAGGUUGCCAAAGGUCUGAUGAAGUACCAACCAGAUGUGAUUAUCAGUGUACAUCCUUUAAUGCAACAUGUCCCCCUUCGAGUUCUACGAUCCAGAGGGUUAUUGGAUAAGAUUCCGUUCACAACUGUUAUCACCGACUUGAGCACUUGUCACCCAACAUGGUUUCACAAGCUUGUGACUAGAUGUUACUGUCCAUCAGCUGAGGUGACAAAGAGAGCACUAAAAGCUGGACUGAAACCUUCACAAAUUAAAGUCUAUGGCCUCCCUGUGCGCCCAUCUUUUGCUAAACCUGUUCCACCAAAGGAUGAAUUGCGUAGGGAGUUAGGUAUGGAUGAAUAUCUGCCUGCGGUUCUAUUAAUGGGCGGGGGUGAAGGGAUGGGUCCUAUUGAAGCCACUGCUCGAGCUCUCGAUAAUGCUUUAUAUGACGAAAGCCUUGGGGAACCAAGGGGUCAAAUACUUAUAAUUUGCGGACGCAAUAAGAAGUUGACCAACAGGUUGCAGUCAAUUAAUUGGAAAAUUCCUGUUCAGGUGAAAGGUUUUGUUACUAAGAUGGAAGAAUGCAUGGGUGCUUGUGACUGUAUCAUCACAAAGGCAGGACCUGGUACUAUUGCAGAGGCGAUGAUUCGUGGUCUCCCCAUUAUUCUAAAUGGUUACAUUGCUGGGCAGUAG